AUGGACUUGGACGAUAAAGGUAGACUCAAGAAUGUUUUUUGGGCAGAGAACAGAUGUAGGCAAUCUUACAAGGAGUUCGGUGAUAUUGUCACCUUUGACACUACCCAUAUGACUAAUAAGUAUGACAUGCCUUUCGCCCCUUUUGUCGGCGUGAAUCACCAUGGACAAUCCACAUUGCUCGGCUGUGGAUUGUUAUCGAAUGUGGACACAGGACUUUCGUCUGGUUGUUCAGAACAUAGCUUGAGUAUAUGCACGGUCAAGCUCCUACUGGAAUCAUUACUGAUCAAGAUCGGGCGAUGCAAAAUACCAUUGAGAUUGUUUUUUCGAACACGAGGCAUAGGUUGGAGAUCGAUGCUCGAUAUGUAUGAGUUGUAUGACAGUGACUGGCUAUCAGGUUUAUACGAGAAUAGAGGUCGUUGUGUGCCUUAUUUUUUGAAAACCAUAUUUUGGGCAGGCACGUCGACAACACAGCGUAGUGAGAGUAUGAAUGCAUUUUUCGAUGGGUAUGUGCAUUCAAAAACCUCAUUGAAGCAGUUUGUCGAGCAAUAUGAAAGAGCACUAAAAAAUAAGGUCGAGAAGGAGUUCCAAGCAGAUUUCAAGUCGUACUCUCAAAUGGUACCGUGUGCAACAACGUUCUUAAUGGAGAAGCAAUUUCAAGCAGUUUAUACCAUUUCAAAGUUUAAAGAAGUUCAAGAAGAGUUCACUCGGAAGGUGUACUGCGACGUCGUCUCGGAAAAUGCAAGUGACUAUUACUGGUCGUCCUACGUGGUCCGUGAGGAGAUCAUUGUUCAUGAGCAGCCGAAGAAAAAAUCAUUUUAG